GGGAGGGUCUGGGCACCUGGAGGAAAAACCAGGGUGAUGCUCUGUGACCCGCCGUCACCUCGGGGAAGCCGGGGAAACGGGAGGGCCACUCCUUCUAACUCCUCGAUUCCCCGCGGUGUGUUUCUACAGACUCGGUGGCGGAGAGCACCGACUGCCGCCAGGAUGAGGAGGCUGCAGAUUGUUGCUUUGGGAGCAAAGGAUCUUGCUUCAAAAGUCUGAGGACAAGUUUGUCCUCUGCGAGCUUGGCUAGAAUAAUUCCCCGGUGGCCACACAACAGGGUGCACGUUGCCACUGAGGCAGAUGAAGCAAUGCACGACGAUGUCGUGGAGGCCGGUGGGAGUGAGAAGACCGAGGAGGAGGCCCGGGCUGGGGAAGAUGAGGACGAGGCGGCCCCAGUACCUGAGGUGGAGGAGGAGGAGGAGGCGGGCCGGCCCCGUGGAAAUGGCCAGCAGGAGUCCCCAGCCAUCGCCCGGGCUGAGCCGGAAGACGAGCCUGGCCCCAAGGUGGACGGGGCGGACGAUGAAAGCUCAUGUAUCGUGGAGAGACUGUGUGAGACCGACCUCGCUGAGAGCAACCUUGCUGAAAGUGAUAGAGACUCGGUGGCGGAGAGCACCGACUGCCGCCAGGAUGAGGAGGCUGCAGCAAUGCACGACGAUGUCGUGGAGGCCGGUGGGAGUGAGAAGACCGAGGAGGAGGCCCGGGCUGGGGAAGAUGAGGACGAGGCGGCCCCAGUACCUGAGGUGGAGGAGGAGGAGGAGGCGGGCCGGCCCCGUGGAAAUGGCCAGCAGGAGUCCCCAGCCAUCGCCCGGGCUGAGCCGGACGACGAGCCUGGCCCCAAGGUGGACGGGGCGGACGAUGAAAGCUCAUGGAGCUUGGAGAGAUGUGUGUGA